AUGACAUACAUCAAAAAACUAACCGGUGACGAGGAGAAGUCCGGAUUGUGGAAGCUGCUUCAAGAAGAUCACACGCUUUCCCUUAUGACGUCCGGCAAGAACAAUCAAGACGGUUCCUGGGGUGGGCAAGUUCGGGUUCUCAUGCGACUUCCACAAGCUCCACAGGACGCUGAGCAGGCUGUCCAUGGGCUCCAAGCAUUCCAGCUACCCGCCUCAGGAGAUGAUAAUCUUGUCGUGGACCUUGUUAAACUAACUUUUCCUCCACAAGUUGCUCCAUAUCCAGGCAUCACUUGUUCACAGUAUUGUCCAGUGAAUCCAUCUGGACAUCUACAACGAUCACAACGACGUGGAUCAGUAUAUCCGCCACGUUGA